AUGAAGUUGGCGCUCGUUCUUUCGGCUCUGGUCGCCUUUGUCGCUGCCCAGAAGCCCGAGUUCCUCAACAGCAAUUAUCAGAUUACUGAAAACCAGCCGUUCAACGUCAAGUUUUCUGGUAGCAGCAAAUACACAAUCAGCCUUCAGACCGGCCCUCGAUCCGACCUGAAGAGCCUGAAGACCCUCGACACUGACGCAUCCAACGGCUCUGCCGAUAUCGUCCUUUCUGGCGUUCCUUCCGGUACCUACGCCUUGAAGAUUGAAGACAAUGCCGACCCGGCAAACUUCAACUACUCCCCGCAGUUCGCCUACGUGGGCACCGGUGCUCCUCUCACGACUUCCUCUGCUAGCACGACUGGCUCUUCGACCGGCCCGGCUACUGUCUCCUCGUCUCGGGCCUCUUCCGCUGCCAGCACUGUCGUCAGCAGCCUUGCCCGCAGCACUGAGAGCUCAAUCCGGAGCUCAAUCGAGAGCAGCACUACCGUGUCUUCCGUUGCCAAUGCUACCAGUGGUGCCAAGAACUCGUCCACCCCGGCCCGUUCCACGGCUUCCCAAUCCCUCAGUUCCACCAGGUCUACUACCGCAGUCCCAACCACCAUCCCCAACGCUGGUAUUCGUGCCACUCCCAUGGCUUUCGUUGUCGGCGUCGUCGCUGCGCUCGCCUACCUCGCCUAA